AUGUCACUUGCUGCGAAGUUUGUCAUGAUGAAUUACAAAUCGGUUUUGAAAGAUCCAGUUGAGGGUGUCUAUGUACAGAUCAAGUCCGACGACAACGUAUUUGUCUGGGACAUUUGGAUGGAAGGCCCAACACAAACCCCAUACGAAGGUGGUGUUUUCAACUUGGAGAUGACUUUCCCACAAGACUUCCCAGACAAUCCCCCUAAGCUUGUUUUCAAGAGUGAGUUCUGGCAUCCUAAUGUCUAUCCCGAUGGUAAAGUCUGUAUAUCUAUAUUACAUCCCCCAGGAGAGGAUGAGAUGUCUGGUGAGUUAGCGUCAGAGAGGUGGAUCCCAACACAGAGUGUUACAUCGAUUCUUCUUAGUGUCAUGUCAAUGUUGUGCGAUCCAAACAUGUACUCCCCCGCAAACACGGACGCUAUGGUGAUGUGCCGAGAUCACAACAAAGAGUAUCUUGAGAAGUGCAAAAUGGUCUCUAAAAAAGGAAGGGCAAGCUUACCCGCAGGUAUUAAAAUCCCGCAUCCAGACACUGACAAAAUCGAACAUCAAAAACAAAUAGAAAAAAACAAAGGGACUGUUUUGGGGACUUCUAUGGAGAUCGACAUGUUUGAUGAUAUGGACGGUGGAGAGGAAAUAAUAUACGACGAUGACGAAGAAGAGGAAAAUUAA